AUGAAGCACUUUUCUAGAUUGGAAUUGGAACACAAAUAUGGCAUCUACCUUAAAAGAUGGGGCGACUGGAGUGAUUGGUCGGCGUGCAACGUGUCGUGUGACACCGGCCUGCAGUAUCGGCACCGACGUUGUCUGAAGUGCGGGCAAGGGCACAACAAGGAAAUGCGAAAGUGCAACGAUUUUCCAUGCGACGGUGUCAUGGAACUGGUUGCGCCGGGUGACCGCGUGCGCACCGUCGGUGGCAAGCUAAACGGUAGCGAAAAUGGGUUCAGUCUUCUCGACACAGUUGGCUUCUCGAACACGUUUUCACUGUUGAUCACGCUGAGAGUACAACCAAAAGUGGACUUUGGUACUGUCUUCCGUUUAUCUUCAUCGACAGAACCAUUGAAAGUCAUCACUCUAGAAGUCAGUGGUCCAGAUCUAUUACGAGUAUCUGUAAACACGAGGCAGUCGAAUAGAUCAGUGCUGAUCGCUGCGGUUUUAGCCGAUGGAAUUACUCAUCAGCUAGGAUUGGGAUUUCAAGAAGAUGAAAUCAUAGCGUAUUUGGAUUGUAGAUGGGUUACGACUGAGACGCUUAUGCAAAAUUCGUAUGCCUCAUCUCCAGAAUAUUAUGACAUGGACGUCUUCGAGGAAUCGUUAACGGCGGACUUGGUGCAAAUGAUCGUCGUUCCGGACCCAACAGCCGUUUCAGACCAGUGCACCGUGUUUCGGAUAGCCGUGUUGGACACGGAGAUUGUCAAAACCAAAAUAAGGGAUAAGUCUCAACGUGGCACCAAUGGAAUUAUUAACGGUGAACAUGAAACCAAAAGAACUAUUUCCAAACACUCGGGUAAGUGA